AUGCGCUACUCAUUCACCAUCACUGCCCUGAGCCUCCUCUCGUCGGCCUUUGCCAUCACCAUAACCACUCCGUCAUCAGACACGGUGUGGGAUUUCUCCACUCCCAAAACUAUCAAAUUCACUAGCGAUCCUAGUGAUCCUGAAGUAAUUAGCAUCAUCCUUCGAAGUCAGGAUGGCUCCUUCCAGACCAAAUUGGCGGAUAACGUCCAGACCUCUGACGGCGAAUACACCACCCAGCCUAACCCCAGCAUUUCCAACGGAGAUGACUACGAGAUCCAGAUAAUUGAUUCUGCGGGCCAGCUCGCCGUCAGUGACAUUUUCACUGCCAAGAAGGGCGCUUCGGAUGAUGGUACCAAAUCUUCGUCUUCUUCUACCUCUUCUUCCACAUCUGCUUCUACGUCUUUGCCCACCACCGUCACCACCUCCACUUCUUCUUACACGACGUCCAAUGUAACCACAUCUACAUCCGUCGCGGCCACCCUUACAUCGUCCGCGUCUUCAACAGCCACGUCGUCGACUAGCUCCACCACCUCCUCAUUUUCUACCUCUUCUUCCAAGACCACUUCUUCCACCUCUUCCGACACUUCAUCCACCAGUGCCUCUGCCUCCGCCUCCGCUUCGCCCUCGACUGGUGCUGCGCUGUCUCAGUUCAGUGCUCCCAAAGGAGCCAUGGCUGUACUCGGUGGUGCUUUCGCGCUCUUCUAUGCCUAG